AUGUCCCAAUCACCCCUUCCCCAAGCAUACAAGCUCGUACGACAGAUCCUCUCCUCCUCCCCCUACGGUCUCCACACAAAAGACAUCGUCAGACAAGGCGUUGCGCUCUAUGCCGACAAACUUCCCAGGGAAGCGCUCGACAAUAUCCCAGAGCCAGUGAACGAGAGGAUACACAAGGGGAAGAAGAAGCAUGUCCCGGAGAAGCAGCUCGUCCCGGAAGGCCAUCCGUUCAUCUCAACAAGUUUCUUGAAGAACCGUGUCCUCCCUGUCCUUCAAUCACAAAAUCUCAUCCACAAGCACCCCGUGCACCCCAAACCCUCAGAACUAGACCCUUCCUCCCCAUCGGCAGCCAAACGCGGCAAUGCCAAACUUGAAUUUGUCUGGUCUCUCCGCGAGCAACCUGCAGACCUUCCGGAAGGAGUGUCUUGGUCUACCGCGGAGCAAUGGGAACGUUUCAUUCAAGGCGAGCACCCGGGGCUGGUAGGGAGAGACUACAAGGAGAUGUUGGAGCAGAUCAAGGUUGCCAAGAGGAAGGAGGCCAUUGAAAGCGGGAAGGCCAGGCGAACGGAUGAGGAGAUCAGGGCGUGGGAGGGAAGACGGGUAGGGGUCACGACGGAGAAGGAGAGGUACCACUUGAAUAAGAGAAGAGAAGCGAACCGCCCCCGGAAAGAGUGGAAGAACCAGGAAGAGUGGCAGCGGCUGCUGAACGAGUCAUAG